GGUUUUGGUUCUCUCUUCAGUUAUUUGAUCAAGCUCCGAAUCUUGGGUUUUAGCGUAUAUUUCGCUCGGGCUAUUGCAAUGGAAGAUUCUGAUUUAUUUUCGGAGGAGCCGCUUGUAACCCAAGCUCGGGCUGGUGUCAAGUUUCAGCCCAAGUUUAAACGUAAAGCCAAAGUUGAAACUUCUUGCUCAAUCCCUUCAAAACCCCGUGAAAUUACGGAGGAGGAGGCCGCUACGGUAGCAUCCACCGCCAUUGAUGCAGUUCAGGUUGUCAAUCCCGACAAUAUUGUGGAUGACAGUAAGAGCUCCCAAGUAGCUGCCACAGAUUCUUUGCUUGCUGAGGCUGCUGUUUGCGAUGAUACAAAUUCGAGCCUUGAAAGAUCAGUCGGAGAGAAUGCAGACUUGUUUUCUGGGUUGGAAUGUGUUGAUCCUUUAUGUACUCAAUCUUCAAAUGAUGAUGGAGAUAUUCGGAAUGAUAAUGAAGGAAAUAGGACACAGUUUCAGGAAGCAGGAGCCUUCCCAGAUAUUGAUACUCUAGAUACUAUAUCAGAUAUGAAGAUUACCUCUGGAAGGCAUGCUGGAAAAUUCAAACCCAAGCCUAGGCUACAAACUAGUGUACUCACCUCACCACCUGCCGUGGUUGAGUCGGUUAUGCAUCCUCCAAAUGCUCAGUUUGGUCCUUCUGAAACACUGUUUGGAGAGAGAUCAAUUCCUGACUUGCCAACCGAUCAUGUUCCCAAUUGCUCAUCUCCAGAUCCUUCCACCUCUGGCUCUGAAUGUCCGGUGAAUGAGGAAUUCCCAAACCUUGCGGUAGCUUCUAACUUAGGUGUUGAUCUUUGGGGAAAUGUUCCUGUCGUGGCUAGAGAAGUGAGUUCUAAUAUCAUGGAAAGGAACACCUCUCUAGUAUCCAGUCCUCAAAAGUCCAGGCAGUCUUCCACGAGAGAUGAGGUGAAUGGAAAAAGCAAAGCAAGAAAGUGGUUGAGAGAGCAGGGGACUAAUCUGCAUAUUGUUGAUGAUCUUGAGGAUGGGACUUGUAAUGACGAUAGCCUCGCUGCCGAACACCCCCUUAGUUAUGCUAUCAAUGAGGAUAAAGACGACAACGAUGGUGAUGAAAAUGACAAUGGUGAAUAUAAUGUAGAGUGCGUAUCUGCAAAGAGGAAGCCUUCUAAGAGUUCAAAGAAACCUGUGAAUGAAAGUGAAAAACCUCCUCGAAAAUGUAAGAUAGCUAGUGAAGCUCAGGUGACUAAUCUGCACAUUGUUGAUGAUCUUGAGGAUGGGACUGGUAAUGACAAUGGCCUCGCUGCCGAGCACCCCUUUAGUUAUGCUGUCAAUGAGGAUAAAGAUGACAACAACGGUGAUGAAAAUGACAAUGGUGAAUAUAAUGUAGAACAUGUAUCUGCAAAGAGGAAACCUUCUAAGAGGUCAAAGAAACCCAUGAAUGAAAGUGAGAAACCUCCUCAAAAAUGUAAGAUAGCUAAUGAAGCUCAAAAGCAUAAGAAAGUCAAUGAAGCAUCAGAUAAUCCAGAAAAAGAACAGCGGAAGAAAUUUUCUCAUUCAACUCGUAGAAAGAGAAGAUUUGUGGAUGAGUCUUUACUCAACACGCCAGAGGAUGAAAUCGACUUUGCAAGGGUGGCCUUGAAGGAUCUCAUUCUACUUGCUGAUUAUAAGGAGCGGUUAGCAAAGAAAGAGGCGAAUGCUUUAGGAGUACCUUUAACCGAUCAAAUUACUCAAAAGACAUUUGAUGAAGUAAAUGCUCAUGAUGAAGAGAGCCCCAUUGCUUCAGAACAAGACCAAGGUUUUGCAGAUGAUCAAGUGGGUGCCAGUGCCAAGUCAACUACCUACUUCAAUUACCAGACUCACAUGAACAAAACACCCAGAGUAAGAUGGUCAAAACAGGACACAGAGUUGUUUUAUGGGGCCAUUCGGCAAUUUGGACCUGAUUUUUCAUUGAUAGAACAACUUUUUCCUGGAAGAAAUCGUCAUCAGAUCAAGCUAAAAUUUAAAAAUGAAGAGCGCCGAUCUCCAUUUAAACUUUCUGAUGCUUUAGCAAGCCGUGCCAAAGAUCAUUCCUAUUUUGAGAAGGUGAUUGAGCAGUUGCGGCAAGUUUCUGGUGCAGAUCUGGAGUCUAAUAGAGACAUUUCCAUUGAUUUAACACGUGAAGAGGAAGAGUUCACUCCCGCCGGAACUAAUGAGGAAGUGGCAAAACCCGAGCAGGAUGAGGAUGUAGCAAAACCGGAGCAGGAUGAGGAUGUAGUAAUGAGAGAUCGAGAAGCUGAUGUUACUGACGACCACAGUACUUUACAGUCUGAUGAAAUGGAUGAUGAUCGUGAAAUAUUGAGUUCAUAUAAAAGCGCAUUUUAGGAAAAUCCCAACCCCAAUAAAGUAGUUUAGAUUUUCUCAAACUUGCCCAAGGUGAGUUUCCUUUGUUGUUAUCUUUUCAUCAAAUGCGUCACUGAUUAUUAUGAGCUCUUCAUGCUUACUAAAUAUAUCAAGUUAGGAAUCCCAACCCCAAAAGGUAGUGUAGAUUCUCUUAGGGUGUUGGGAGAAAUUAGCAUAUUGAUUAUUUCUAACUUUAAAUCUGUGUUUUUUUCAGUCCAUCUUUAGCACAGCUUGUGCAAAGGGCAAUCUUUUUGUGCAAGGGAUUAAAUAUUGGAGUAGAGAUUUUUGUUUGUUAAGAA